UGCAAAGCUAACAGAGACAUGGAGGCACCACCAGCACCUUAACAACCAGAUUUAAUUAUGGGAGACACAGAGAAAGGCAAGAAGAUCUUUGUCCAGAAAUGCUCACAGUGCCACACUGUUGAAAAAGGUGGAAAGCACAAGACUGGACCAAACCUGCAUGGCUUAUUUGGACGCAAGACUGGUCAGGCAGAGGGAUUUUCCUACACUGAUGCUAACAAAAACAAAGGGAUAACCUGGAAUGAGAAAACAUUGUUCGAAUACUUAGAAAAUCCCAAGAAGUAUAUCCCAGGCACAAAGAUGAUCUUUGCUGGCAUUAAGAAGAAGCAAGAGAGAGAAGAAUUAAUAGCAUAUCUGAAAGCUUCAACCUCCAGCUAAUGUCCAUAUGUGCUGCCUUAUUUAUUUCUGAGAGGAGGUUGCUGUUAAUAAGAUGCUUUUUACAUUUUAUAUUUUUUUUUUAUUUGUACUGUCCUUGCAUCUUUGAAGAUUGUCAUCUGGCAGAGCAUGUAAACAUAAAUUAUCACAGAAAUUCGGCUAU